GAAAAAUAACAGUGAAUCAGUGAUCCUAAUCGCAAACAUCAUACUCAAAGUCCAAAUCCUUGGUAGCGAUGCCAAUAUUACCAAGGAUUUGGAUUAUUGGCAAUAUCUCAUAGGUUUCAGCACCCGAAAUGGAUAUGAAGGUUAAUCCCGAUCUCCAAAAGGAGAGAGAUUCAAGAACGUUUGACGUAGAUGAGUUGUCCAAUGUCAUAUAUGAAAAUGGAGAGCGCAGGAACCGUCGAAAAGAAAUAGCAAAGUAUGUAGAGAACACCCCGGUCUUGCAUAGAGACUGUGUGCCUUUCCAGACAAGGAGUGAGCAGUAUGAGGCAGCCUUGCGGAGAGGUCUCAAGGUGUUUGAGUUUGCAGAUGAGUGCAGCUGGUGCAAAGACGACAUCGUUGCCCUGUUACAGAUGAUAAGCAGUGAUUGCUGCUUUGUCCUCCAUCUUGGUCUGGUCAUCCCGGCAUUCGAUAAACUCGCAAGUGAUGAGCAGACUGCCAAGUGGCUCCCUCUGUGCAUGCAGUUACAAGUGAUCGCUGCCUAUGCUCAGACAGAGCUUGGCCAUGGAACCUACUUGCCAAAACUCGAGACCACCGCGACGUAUGAUACCAGCACUGAGGAGUUUAUUCUCAAUUCACCGACCCUAACAUCUAUGAAAUUCUGGCCCGGUGGAUUGGGACAUUCGUCCACCCACGCGAUAGUCAUGGCGCAGCUGUGGGUGAACGGUAAAUGUCACGGACCUCACCCGUUCUUUGUGCAGUUACGAAGCCUGCAGGAUCAUCGGCCACUGCCAGUUGUGAAACUGGGACAGCUGAGUGCGGACGGCGUGUACACGCGCCGUGGCUCUGAGAAGAGUGGUAUGCGUCGAUGGAGCAACCUUGUCCAAGGCGCUGCACAAAUCGCGCGCGCUACAGCUGUGUGCGCCGGCAGUGCACGCCGCGGCGGACCCGGUGAACAGGAGAGUCAGGUCAUUGAUUAUCAGACGCAGCAGAUGAAACUCUUCCCUUGGAUUGCCAUGACCUUCUCUUUCCUAUUUCUCCGGAAACACGUAGAAGAGGUGUACAACGCCAGAACAGAGGAGAUGAAUGAAGGAAACUACUCCAACCUGGCCGAGCUUCACUCGGUGUCGGCCGGGCUGAAGGCGCUGUGUUCGGAGCAGGCGUGGCAGGGAUGCGACGCGGUGAGGAUGGCGUGCGGCGGCCACGGCGCCCUCACUGCCAGCGAGCUGCCCGGCAUCGCUGACUAUGCAAAGGCACUGUGCACGGCAGAGGGUGAAAACACAGUCAUGUACCUGGAGGCAGGAAGGCAUCUGCUGAAGCAGCUGGCAGCUGUACGAGCUGGCAGAAGAGUGGCAGACAGCAUCCAGUACCUCGGCCAGCCCGCCUACACGUCGGACAUUAGAGCAUCGGCCGAGUUUGCCAACCCCGCGAAGGUGCUAAAGGCGUUUGAAGGCAGGGCUGCUGCGAUGAUUAGGCACGUGGCGCUGCGGAUGGAGCGUUGUGCGGCAGCGGGGGCGCGUGACGCCAUGGAGGCGUAUGACCUCAGCAGUGUGCUGCUGGUAGAUGCGGCGAAGGCUCACAGUGAACUCUACCUGCUGCGAGCGUUCGCUGCAGGCGUCGCCACCCUCACCGUCUCACCGCACCUUGCCCGCAUCUUCACAGCUCUCCUCACCCUGCAGGCUACCUAUGCCAUCACGCGAAGCAGUGGGCAGUUCCUACAGGCAGGAGUCCUGACAGCUGAGCAAACUCAGUGGGCAGCGGAGGAGAUGCUGCAAACAUUCACGGUGAUAAGGCCCAAUGCAGUGGCUUUGAUGGAUGCAUAUGAGCACCCAGACGUCAUGUUGAACUCUGUCUUGGGCUGCUACGAUGGUAACGUCUACACACGAAUCUUCGAAUCCGUCCAGAAAGAACCCAUGAACAAGUCAGAGGUGCACCCAGCCUACUAUAAAGUUCUUCAACAGAAGCUGAAAAACACAAAGGCCAGACUAUAAGGAAAGCAGACAUACGAUCUAGUAUUGAAGUAUCAAAGCAUUGCUAAGCGCACUUGCUCUAGUGGAAUAAUACGUGGAGGCAGAGCCAGAAUGUUGAGGUCGGCACUGUGGUGGCAUGAUGUGACCCCACCCCAUUAACAUUCUCAUCUGACUAGGUGGUUGGUAGGUUGAUAGCAGGAAAAAAAAUAUAAUUUAUUUUUCGGGGGCUACUUUUCAAGCUCGCGUGCAUGGAAAUAGCACUCUAAAAUUUG